GUUACCACAGAAACCAAGCUGUAACCUGAUUGGCGACGCCCUGUGUGGUGGGUGGGGUCAAUGAAAUACAAGAACGCAUCGCAUUAAUGUGAGCAUCAUAUGAGAGUUUUCAGAGAAGCGUGCAGGAUGGCAACGGCAGAUUGUUCAGAGCUGGAUAUGGAGCUGGGAGAUUUACUGCAGGAGUUUAAUGAUGUUGUGAAGGAGUUGAGUGCUCCUCAUGAGCACGUGCACAGAGAUGUAAAGAGACGCACGGGACAGAAUGAUGGAGAUGAUUCAGAUUACGGUAGUGAGACGUCAAUGGGAAACAGUUUAAAUGCUAGUGAAGAAGAGUUAAACAUCGCUGACAUGACCACAGCACCAAACGCCAUGCCUGCAGACACCAGCGACCUACAGAGUUUCAUUGAAAAACUUGACAGAGAGCUUUCAGAGAUGUGACGUGAUUGGACAGGAGUGAUCAUGUGCCACACUUAGGACCAAGAGAGCUGCCGUUCUAUAAUAUUCACUUUUACAAAAAGUUAGUAUGUGUAAAUAAUGUUGAGAAAAAACCCAGCUUGAGACACUUUUAUUAUGGAAAUGAAGUUUGUAUAGAUGAAUUUCUACUUAAGGUUACUCAGAAACUGUUUUGUAUGUCCAAGUAUAGUAUGUUAUGAUUACUCAUUUAAAGGUAUUGUGGAGGAUUUUCUUUUUCCGGGUGGAUCAUCAAGACUAUUGGUUCUCCUAGUUGUCAAUCAGGAGUGUUGCGCAAUUGCAUUUUUUUAAAAAGUGAAGAAAGCGAUUCUUUUCUAAAAUUCGAGAAAAUCCUCCGCUACACCUUUAAUAUAAAGAGCAAAAUGCAAGUAGUUCAUUUAUGAAGAGGUUCUGUAUUAUAAAAUGUCUAUUUUUUAUAAAGAAGUUGUAAGAUAUUGUUGUUGUUUUAUUUCUGCAUUAAAACUUUUGCGCAGUU